GGAAGCGUCAGGCUGCGACGCAUGGGAGAAGGAGACGACUUUUUUCUUGUUUUUAAGCGAAUGAAAAGUGCACCCAGCAAAGGAGUAUGGCUCGUUUAAGUCAGAUAUAAUACAGCGAAUGUAAACAUGGCUAAAUGCGUCGUAUAAAGCUUUAUAGUACCUGGUUUCUUGACCAAAAAGUAACGGUUGUCCCACCGAGGUCCGAAGAAAAAGACUAGCACUUAACCGAAGCCUAAAUUCAGCGACGAUUCAUGAGUAAUUGUAGCUUUUUUAUGUUAAGUCAACCCUUUGCGGUGUUUUUCCUCGGCAAGUACUAGCUUUACUAUCAGAAAUGGACCGAGGUGGCUGCCAGAUGAGUGGCGGCGGCGGCGGUGGCGGUGGUGGUGACGGUAGUGGGCCCGACCGACAGGGGAUGAUCACACUGGAGGACCUCGAGUCUUUCUCGGAAGACCAGCAGUCAGACUCGGGCAACGGCAGCCUGGAAGAGGAGGCAGAGACCACGGAGGAAGACGAAGACCGACUGCUUCAUUACUGGCAGGACGUAGCGAGGGGACACCAAGUGGAAGUUUCUCAAGAAAUGGCAGAACCCAUUCAGCAGCUAACCAGCAACAACCAAGGACGCAGCACUCGGGAACACAUCCCUUUCACUCUCCUUGCACGCAAAGACAAGUGUGGGGAGCUGCUCUAUGAGAAACGCAACUACGAAAAAGGCCACUGGGCUUGCAUAACAAUGCGUGAGGAAACUUACGAACAGAGCAUCUGUUAUGGUUUUAUGAGGAUAAUGAGAUACAUCUGCCAACAGAACUCUUCAGGUGACUACUUGGGCAUGACGCUCCCCAUCAUCACAGUGGUACGCACAGAUGAGAACCAUUCUGUGAUCUCCCAUGAUGUCACUGUGGCGUACUACCUUCCUGUUGAGCAUCAGGCCCAGCCCCCACAACCAUAUGACAGUGAGAUCGUUAUAGAGAUGUGGCCUGCCACAGUUGUGUACACAAGGGCCUUCACCGGUCCCACCAAUGAAGUGACCAUCAUUAACCAGAUCAAUGCCAUGGCAGAGCUGCUAGACUCUCCUGGAAUGUGCGUCAAUGACUCGUUCAUCGUGGCCGGCUACACCAACCCCGCUCACAGCAACCGUCAGAAUGAGAUCUGGUUCCUAGAGCGACGCUGAGGGACAAGAGGAUUAAGCAGUGUCCUCCUAUCUGUGACCCUUGACCCUCAUAAAGACUCCCUUAACACUGCCCCAGCUCAGCUACAGCCUCAGGUGUAACAUCCUCUGUAAUCAUCACCUUUACCUGAAACAACCACCAGCCCUACACACUCCAGAGCAGUUGGGUCUUGAUAAAGAAAGAAAAACUUAGCCCUUGAUCUACUCUCAGUAAAUUUUCAAUUAUGUUCAUUUACAUGGAUCCUCAUUUCACUCAUAAGAACCAACUAAACCACUGCCAUACUCUCAUGGACACAAUCCAGAUGCUAAGGUGAAGCAUAGCAUUAAUUUCCUGUUCUUACACUGAGAUGACUUAAACCUUUCCUAAGCACAGCACUCUCUUGUUAAAGUUGAAAUAGUUUUAACUCUUACCACUUAGAUCACAGUGAACAUUGGGUACUGUCCGAAACAUGCAACAGCCUGUGUUUUCCACAACAGAAACAGGCCAUGGACAUGCAGCCUUAUUGUGCUCCCUUUCUGUUUGUUGCACAGCCACAACGUCUUGUCGUGGGGUGAAGGUCAAUGCACAACAGAAAAAAACAGUUUCUCUCUCAGUCUCUAGCUUGUCGAGACAAUGUCAAAUCUGUAAUUAUUUAUCAACUGUUUGUUUUUAUUUCUGGAGUACAUAAUUCACUAAAGGUGACAAGUCUAUGUGAUGCCAGUCACACUUUUUUUGUUUUAAAAUGAAGUGCAAUAUUCUCCAGAUAACCAACAUUCAAGAAGCCAGUUAUUACAGUUCAUCGGCCACUAACAUAACCCAAUCUAAGGGUGUGUUCAGUUGCAGGUAUUGUGGGUAAGAGGCAGCAUGCAACACAACCUGAUAAACGACAUCCAGACCAGAACUAGUGGCUUGAACCAUAAAUAAGCUCAACACAAUAGGUGGCCAUAAUUUCGAAAAUAUGAAUGUAUAGCUACAGAGGGAGGGUGAAAAUAUAUGCCACACAUCUACGAACCAAACGCUGAAACACUCACUGGUUUAACUGCUGAAUGACAAUCAGAAAGUACUUAAUAUUAUUAUAUACUUAUAUUAUCUGCAUCCUUUUCUCUUAAGAAAAGGCUGUAAUGAAUUCAAUGCAUUCCUCAUGUUUCAAACCGCUUUCACACACAGGAAUAGUUACCUCUUUCUCAUGCUCUUUCUUAUUGCUACUCUGUGUCAAUGUUAGUGAGUAUGCAUUCACUACUGUAUUGCAAAUGCCACUGCUGCUGAGUAGAGACAGUGCAACAGAAAAAUAGAGCUCAGAGAAUAUCUCUACUGUGAUUAUACUCUUUUUUUUUUUUUUUUUUUUUUUUAAAUAGACAAAAGUUCAAUUCUGUUUUAGUUCAAACUGUUUCUAAUGUUCUAUAACCAAUCUAAAGAAGAGUCUAUGAAGUCAGAGUAUAUAUGUAUAUAUUCACUAUAUUUUAAAAUAAAACAUACCAAUGCAAUGCAACAAAAAAGCGUUAAACCAGCUACACUUAGAGUUCACAGUAAUGUACGAACGUUUCUGCUUUGGAAAUUUACAUUGAAUUUACUGCUUGGGUGCCAGUGAAAAAAACUGGAAGUAAACUAGCCAAAUCAUCAGUGUCAGCAUUUUUACCAGGACAAGGGUGUCCUAUGAAAUGCUUAGGCAGCUCACACUGUGAAAAAAUUGGUUUCAUCUUAUUUAAUCCACAAGAAAAUGUAAAGGAACUGACAGUUAAGGAAGUGUAUUAUUGGGUUGGGAAGGUUGCCCAGUCUUAAAGUCAAGCAGUUUGGUUGACAUCAAGACAUUCAAAUCCAAAGAGUUUAUUUUGCAUUUAAUGAUUUAAGAGUUGAUCUGUGACAACUGUAGUGUGUAAACUUGCAAAGCCAUGAUACAUGUAGGUUUGUUUUCCCUUUAAGAGCCUGGUUAUAUGGGAACAUCAAGUUUGAGGAUUUAAUUUGUUUUCCUUUCUUUUCGCUUAAUUUUUUUUUUGUGUGUUUUGCAAAAGUGUGCUGUACUGUGAAAUUUCAAGUGCAACAACAAGAGCUACUGUGGUUUUCUUUGUUCAAUAAAAAUGUGCUUGUCUCCUGUCUUUUGAAAUCUA